UCAUACAUAUUCUUAUAUCAAACAAGAAUUGUAGUUAUUCUUUAUGAAAACGAUGUAUAAAACGAGCAUAGGCCAAAAAGAGGAACGAAUUUCAAUGCCGACUGAUGGCUGCUGAUAUAAUGGCUCCCGCAGUACACACUAUUCUCACUUUAAUGGAAAACCUAACAUCUUUUUCGAUAUAGUUUUAACUUCUACAGCUGCAUCGAAUCGCUUGAAGCUAUGAAUAAUGCACCAUUCCACAUUCAUUUGCAAUGUUAUCUUUUUUACUAUAUUGGCUAUUGGUAUUGUUUGCAUUUUGUCCUGUAAGCCCGAAGGCAGCAAUAAGCCUGAAUGUAACGACCAAAAUGUAAAUGCAUCCGUUCGUAACUUCUGGGAUCCCACUCACUAUUGGUUGUGUGAAACUGCUGGUGGUGAAGCUAAAUCUGUAAAAUGUCCUGAUGCUCAAGGUUUCGAUGCAGAUAAGGGUGCUUGUGUACCCUUCAAAGAAUGGAAAUGGACUGAUCCUUGCCCACCUGAAGCAAAAGAAGCAAAGGAAACAAAGGAAACAAAGGAAGCAAAGCAAUGAAAAAUGUUUUCUUUAGACGAAAACUAUAGAAAGUGGAAACUUAAAUAAAUUAAAACAAAAAUUAAUUUAUAUUGCCGAUUAAAAUAUAUAAUAAGAUAAAA